AAAAUUAAGAAAAAUAUACAUACACUGCAUAUUAUUAAUAAAGAAACGAACUGAUUGAAAAAGUAUUCAAAGUGCGUGAGUGUGAAAAUCUAUUUUAGCGUAUCCAAUUGGAAUUUUGCGCCGAAAUUGUAGAUUUUUCAUUGCCAUUGCGGCGUUGUGUGUAUAACAAGAUGGCGUCCUCGCAAGUCUCAAACAAAUCGGGCUCCGGCUGGCCGCGGCGCGGCAGCCAAGGCCAAGCUGACGCCAGCAUCAGCAAUAAUGGCACACAAAAAUAUGCGCCCAAUCAAGCAUUGACCAUAAACCGCACAAUCAAUCUCUACCCACUAACCAACUACACAUUCGGUACCAAGGAGCCGCUUUUUGAGAAAGAUCCUUCAGUGCCGUCACGCUUCCAGCGUAUGCGCGAGGAGUUCGAUCGGAUUGGCAUGCGUCGCUCUGUAGAGGGCGUACUGCUUGUGCAUGAGCAUGGAUUACCGCAUGUGCUGCUGCUUCAACUUGGGACUACAUUUUUUAAGCUGCCAGGCGGUGAGCUGAACGCAGGCGAGGAUGAAGUAGAAGGUCUCAAGCGUCUUCUCUCUGAGACGCUGGGCCGUCAGGAUGGCGUCAAACAGGAUUGGAUUGUCGAGGACACCAUUGGCAAUUGGUGGCGCCCAAAUUUCGAGCCACCACAAUAUCCAUACAUUCCACCGCACAUAACCAAACCAAAGGAGCACAAACGUCUGUUUUUGGUGCAAUUGCAUGAAAAGGAUACGGACAGGAACGCCAGUUACGAUGUACCCUGAGCUGUUCCAAUAGCGCCGUGUUGUGUUGUGUAAUCUCACGCAUCUGGCAUCUGCCCAACCAAGCAUAGAGCUCUUCCUCAACGCUCUACUCAAGAGUGCAAACAAACUGAACAAACAGAAAUGAAAAGAAUCAGAAACAGAUCGCAUAAUGGCCCCGAGGCGCAUACAAUUUUAAUUAGUUCGUCGAUUCUAGUUCAAUUUUUUGUACAAAACUUACUUCAAAUUGUAUUUGUUGCUCUCAGAGUUGUUGGCAUAUUUUGCGCAUAUCCCGAAAUUCUUUGAUUGUUCUUGUUGUAUUAAUUUUGUAAAUAUGUCGACACUUCUGUAAGCCAGAGAGCGCAAUCCUACACACGAUACUCAUUUUUUCUUUGUUAUGUGUUGAGCCUUUAUUAAUCGGGCAGGCAGGUGAAAGUUAUAGUUGAAAGUGCAUUGUAAAAGUUGCCGGUUGUCGUCUGUUAAUGCGGACAAAUCUCGCGUGUUGUGCUGAUUUGCGUGCAUAUGGCAAAUGCAACUGGAUUAGGCAGGCAGUCGCAGUCGCUUCUUAAAUAAUUUAAGCACUCGUUUAUGUAACAACAAUUAUAACUCUGUGUUUAGUACUUCCUUGACAUCAUCCAUUAUGCAACACUCGCGUUCACACGCACCAUGUAUAAUGAAUGUUGCUCUUAAUGGUAAUCGAAAUUAUGUUCUUAUCACAAUAAUUAGUAGACUUUGUUUGAUGCCCAAAAUCGAUGGCUUUAUUGAAGUCAUAUCCGAGUUGAUUUGAAUUUUGCGCAUCAAGAACAAAAUCUAUUAAUUUAGUUUAACGAAGUAUCAACAACUGUGAAUGUAAAACAAAAAAAAAACAACCAUAAUACAAACUUUUAUAUAUCAUACGUAAUUAC